AUGGCCUCAGAACAGAAAAAAGAAGAGCUUGACGCCAGGGCAAGGCAAGGAGAGACAGUUAUUCCUGGUGGUACUGGUGGCAAGAGCCUUGAAGCACAAGAACACCUCGCUGAAGGGCGGAGCCGUGGAGGUCAGGUGAGGGCAGAGCAGCUGGGACGUGAGGGAUAUCAGGAGAUAGGCCACAAAGGAGGGCAGACAAGAAAGGAGCAGAUUGGGCAUGAGGGUUACCAGGAGAUGGGCCGCAAAGGUGGACUCAGCACCACUGACAAGUCUGGAGGGGAACGUGCUGCUGAGGAAGGGAUUGAGAUUGACGAGUCCAAGUACAAAACCCGUUCUUCAUAAUAGAUGUUGUCGUGGAAGUAUGCAUGCUAGUAAAUACCAAGGUGGCUCAGCUUAGCAGUGUUUCUUGAGUUCUAGGUCUUAUUUACGUUCAAGUAUU